AUGAUUGAAAAAUACACAAUAAAAGAUAAAAUUGAAAUUUUUAAAACUGUUUAUAUCAGAGAUAAGAAUGUACAAAACACUAAGUUUGACAAAUUUGUUUAUUUUAACAAUUAUUAUAUUUUCUGUGAGGGGAACAAGUUGUUUAAUAACAAUAAAACAAUUAAAUUUAACACAGACAUAACAUGUAUAGUUAAAGUAGAUAAUUUAUUGUUUGUGGGAUUGUCAUCUGGUGAUAUAACUAUAUAUAAUGAGAAUAUGAAGUGUAUUUCUAAAUAUUUUAAUAUAAAAUCUAAAAUAACUGGCUUUGCUAAGGUUAGUUCUACUGAAAUUAAAAAAAUUGAUGAUUCAAAGAACUUAGUUGGUUUAAUGAACAAUAAGGAUUAUUACCUCGUUAGUUCUGAAAACAAUUGUUUAUAUGUUCUAGAUUUAAGUGAAACAAACAUUACAAUAUGUAUAAAAACUAGUAAUGGUAUUAGAAAAGUAAAAAAAGCAAAUAAUAUUCUUUACCUAAUUUGUAAAGAAAAAAUUUUUAAAUACGGAACAAACUUUUUAGAUACACACGAUGUCAUUGCAACCGAUGCAAAUACUUUUAAUGAUUUUAUAUUAAGCUAUGAAAAAAAUUCAUUCACUUUAACUAAUGGUGAUGUUAGCUUAUCUAAAGUAGCACAUCAUAAAAGAAUAACGACUAUUGAGUCGUUUAAUAAUGUAAUUUAUACUAUAAGUACGGAUGGGUGUAUUAAAUCAUGGACUGUAAAGGACAGUCAAAUAAUUCUCUUAAACCUUAUUUAUCUUAAGGAAUCAUUUUUAAAUAUUUAUAUAGAAGAUCAUAGAAUCGUAUUAGGUAGUGCAGAUGGUAAAGUAUAUGAAAAAAGAAUUACUAAUCAAAUAACAGAGAAUGAUUUAAAAAGAGUUAAUUUUAACUAUAAAGAAAUUUUUAGUGCUAAUAUAGACAAUGUUGAUAAUUUAUACUUUUUAUUGAGAUAUCUUAAGGAUAAUAAAAAAUUAAAGAGACUGCUUAAAGAUAUGGAUGUAGAUAGUCUUACUGAAUUUGUACAUUUUUGUGUUGAUUAUUUUUAUUAUAAAGAGUUAAGAAGUAUAAUUAUUGAGUGUGUUGUUAUAAUAAUUUCUAUGUAUGAAAUUGAAUUAUUACAUAAUGAGGAAUUACUAUCGUUGUUAGAAGAAAAAGUUUUAGAAGAAAUAUAUUUUGAAGAAGCAUGUCUUUUAUCACUCGGAUUUAUUAAUUAA